AUUGCAACCUCAAACUUUAUAAAUGAUCUACAAAAUCUUCUUAUCAUCAAUUUCUAAUCAAUUUUCACAAAAAAACACAAACAAGUAGAGCCAUGGAAUUUGAUGGGAUCCUCAUCUCCCCAAUAUUUCUAGUUCUGAUCCUGCUUUCGACUCUAAUUCUGUUCUUUUUUCGAUGGAAUAACAACAAGUCUAAAAAUCCGUGGGGACUUUUGCCGGGGCCGUCGGGAUUGCCGAUCAUCGGCAACUUGCAUCAAUUAGGGAAGCAUCCCCACAUCUCCCUUUAUUCCCUAGCCAAAAGAUAUGGGUCCAUCUUCUACUUGCGGCUCGGCGAGAUCCCGACCGUCAUUCUCUCGACGCCCGAGAUGGCUAAGGAAGCCAUGAAAAUACACGACGUCGCCCUCGCCACGCGCCCCCCGCUCUUCGCCGCCAAGUAUUUGUUCUAUGAUUGUACAGAUGUAGCGUUUGCGCCCUACGGCGCUCAUUGGCGCCACGUCCGGAAGAUUUGCAUACUCGAGCUCUUCAGCGCCAAGCGAGUUCAGUCGUACGGCUUCGUGCGAGAGGAAGAAGCUGCAAAACUAGUAGAGCGUAUCGCUGAAUCUCACCCAGGAAUCACCAACCUAUCCAAGUGUCUCAACCAAUACGCGAACGGCGUUCUCUGCCGGAUAGUGUUUGGAAAAGAUUUCAACGGGGGCGGCGAGUAUGACCGCCUCGGCUUCCAAGAAAUGCUGAACGAAUAUCAAGAGCUCUUAGGGGGAUUCUCCAUCGGAGAUUUCUUCCCUUCGAUGGAAUUUGUGCAUCGCAUCACGGGACUCAAGUCGAGGCUCCUUCACGCCUUCGAGCGCUUCGACAAGUUUUUCGACGACGUUAUCGACGAGAAGAUGAAGAAGAGAUUAUUGUCGUCGUCGUGGUCGUCGAAAGAGCACAAAGACUUUGUGGAUAUUCUGCUGGAAGUACAGCAAGAUGAAGGAGCUGAAUUGCCACUCACCAUGGACAAUGUCAAAGCAAUACUUUUGGACAUGUUUGCCGCGGGAACGGAUACAACCUUCAUCACUCUAGAUUGGGCAAUGAUAGAGCUUAUAACUAAUCCAAAAAAGCUCGAAAAGGCGCAAUCCGAGGUAAGAAGCGUAGUCGGGAAGAAAAAGUAUGUGUCCGAAAGCGAUUUGCCCAAUUUACAUUACCUGAAGGCCGUGAUCAAAGAAGUGUAUAGAUUACAUCCUCCCGCCCCGGUGCUUCUUCCCCGAGAAUCCAUGGAAGAUAUCGCCAUUGGCGAGUAUAAAAUCCCCGAAAAAACAAGAGUUUUCAUAAAUGCUUGGGCGGUCGGGAGGGACCCCAAGUCCUGGACUAAUCCUGCGGUAUUCGAGCCAGAGAGGUUCUUGAACAGUGACAUUGAUUUCAAAGGGCAGGAUUUCGAGUUGAUACCAUUUGGCGCGGGCAGAAGAAGCUGCCCGGCAAUUACAUUUGGCUCGGCGAGCGUCGAGAUUGGCUUGGCACAAAUGCUUCAAAGCUUUGAUUGGGAGCUUCCACCGGGAAUUCGAGCCUCGGAUCUUGACAUGACUGAGGUUUUCGGGAUUACUAUGCAUAGGAAAGAUGCUAUGAUGGCUUUGGCUAAACCUUAUUCGCCUCCGGCGAUUUGAUGGUGUCGCUUUGAGAGGUUAUGAAUAAUAAUUUGAUGUCGUCGUAUUAAGGUUUCGCAGUAUAAUGAAUGUUUGAGGAAAUAAAGCAUGGAUUGAAAUGUUUUUUUGUAAGUUGUUACGAGUGAAAUGUGUUGCUUUCAAACUC